AUGGGCAACGGUACUGGUCAACGACCUCUGUCUGAAGUUAGCCCAAUGGCUCAAAGACGAAACUCCCCUAGCUGGAACCAGAGCUCAAAAAUGGCGAAGACUGUUGAAUCAUCCAGCUUUGAGAGCCCGGCCUCUCCACGUCUUUUCUGGCAAGGUCGCGAGUCUGGUUCGCCCUUCCAGAAGAGCGCAGAGAACCAGGCUCCCUACGAUCCAGAAGCCUCUUUUUCCAGCCCUAAACGCCCCUCUAUCGAAAAUCUGAAGCGGGCAUCGCGUGUACGAAACAGUCACAUGCUCCGCGACCACGUACAGGAAUACGACCCCGCGCAAGUUUAUGUUCCGCAAAGACCAUUGGCCACUAGUCGAUCGCCGCAGAAGCUAAACCAAAAUCACGCUGGAUCGCAAAAAUCGGAUGCGCAGGACGUAGAGUCCAGACCAUCUUCUCCAACCAAAGACCAAGCAUCCCCGUCAAAGUCUUCCUUGUCUAGGGCUAGUAGGUUUGGCGUAAAAGGCGCAGGCUUUGACCCCGAGAGUGACAUAUGGUCAGACAUCGACAGCAAUGGUCAUCGACAUGCGAAAAGCGUCACCUUUGACGCUGCACCACCGCAGAUCAAUGAGUACGAGAUGACCACCCCAGACCCGUCUUCGGUAGCAUCGGAGUCGCGGGACGGUAGCUAUGACUCUGAGGAGGAGGAUGAGGGAGACAUCAGCUUCGAUCGCGAAUCCUCCAUCGACCGUGACGAUAGUUUCGAUGCCUCUCUGGAGGACAUCGAGAAAACACCAGUCGUACUGCCGGAAGACUGGCGAUACAUGAGCCCCUCCAAUGCCAAUGAUGAGCUGGUGAAGGAAGACGAGGAUCCCUUCACCGAGGAUGAGGAUGACGAGAGUAACAGUCCUGACCCUCGACCUUCCUCGCGAGAAGAAGUUUCCAACCGCCACUCACGCGUCGAGUCCCUGGAUUCGAAUGGUGAACGCCGUCCACUUCCACCGCUUCCAUCGACUGGUCGCUCAGCCUUGCCCCCACAAUCUUCUUCGCCCACCAAGUUGGCUGCCGCUUUUGAACUGGGUAGCGGUGGCCAACGAAUCUUGCCAUCCCCCCCUGGCCCCGCUUCCUACAGCAAGGCUGACAUCAGUGAGGUCGGCCGCCCGUCUAUGUCUCUAGAGGACAGGCUACGUCUCAUGAUGAUUCAAGAGAAUGGCGGACAGAAGGAGGAUGCCUCAGAGGAUAAGGCCAGCAAGGAAAAGCCUGCUCAACCAGCCGAUGCUAAGCCGGAGAGUGUGGAAGCAGAGAACAAGAAGGAACCUAAUGAUAUCGCGGCCAGUGAUGCUGAUGACGACGCCGCGACUGAGGAAGAAACCUUCUGUGCUCCCCGCAUCUCUAGAGAUUCAAUCUUAAGAGACAUUCGGAAGAGCGAGAGCUUCAUGGAUGAUUCAUAUGAAUAUUCCUCUCAAAUCGACUCUAGCCCACACCGUUACAUGCAUUAUGACCCAGACGUUCCCCUUCCAUCCCUGGAAAACGAUGAUGACGAUGAUGACGAUGACGACGAUGACGACGAUGAUACGAAUAGCGUCGUGAUCAAAGAAGAAGACGACGAUGACGAUCUUUAUGACAUUCCCGACUACUACGAAAACGUUCCUUCCAAGGAAUCCUCUUUCAAAUCCCUCGCCGACAUCACCAAUGGCAUCGAGAGCCAAAACCUUAAUCACUCGACCGAUCAGCAUGAAUCGCAAGAGCCGCAGGGUUUGGGUUCUGAUGAUGGCCAGGCUACGCCUGUCCCAGAGUCGGGUUCAGAAGCGCCUGGCAAAAGACUUUCUAACGAGGCCCAGGAAGAACCGGCUGAGGUUCCUGCCUUGAAUAUGGCCGCCAUUCGAGAAUCCUUGCAGCGUCCAGAAACCCCAGACACAAAGGAUGAUGUUUCAGAGCCAUCUACACCUGGCUCGGUCAUCCGCCACCCGGUUGAUGAUGAAGACCGUGAUGUUUCGCCAGACGAGGAAAGUGUGCCCGAUCCUAUUGCGACCAUCAAGGCCCAUGGGGCUAAAUUGAAGACUCGUCCAUCUUUGACCCCGGCCGACCUGGAACAGAUGGCAGCCACUCGCCGUCAAGUUAGCGGCCAGCAGCCUCCUCCGAUGCCUUCGCUGACCAAACAAAACUCCAAUGACUCUCACCACUCGUCUAGUGAUGCCUCGGAAACUCAGAAAGCAGACGAUUCAAACCAAUUGGCUCCCCCAUCGCAACCCGAAACUGAUCCUUCUCAGCGAAAAAGCAGCCUUAUGAAGCUGGAUAUCCCAUUCAGCAUCCAGGAAGAAGAAAGCCUUGGAUUUGGUUUGGACAAGGAAUUUGACCGUGUCAUGGAAACCCAAAAGGUUGCGUUUGAACUAUCCCUUUCCCAACCCUUUCAUGCCAGCCCGGCAACGACCCAGACCCAGGACUUUCGUGUUUCCCAAGAAUUAAGGACACCAGCGGACCCUCGUGAUCAUUUUUCUGAAACAGCAGCUAACAGCCCAAUCACCAAACAGAGAGGCUACCUCAUGAGGCAAAACACGAAGGUCAUCGUCGCUAGCAGCAAUGACAACGAGCCUGUGCCCACCCCUGGAGAUCCCACUCCUGACCCCCGUGGGACCAGAUCCGCUGGCUCUUCGCCACGGAAGGCUAGUCAGCAAACCUGGACCACUGUCCCAUGGAAUGGUAAAACUAGAAGGUCGAGUAUCAGAACUCCCAGCGGCAUUCCAAAGAAGAAGCCUGUUGGGGGUCCAGUGCCACCGCUGCCAGGCCAGCAAAGUAAUGUUCAUGACUCCGCCCCGGCAAUGGAGGAACCUGAGCCAGCUUUGAAUGAAGCCCUCGAUGACGGCGAAGAGCGAGGUCGUUUGUUCGUUAAGGUUGUCGGGAUCAAGUAUUUGGAUCUACCGCUACCACGAGGCGAACGGUCCUAUUUUGCGCUCACCCUAGAUAACGGUCUGCACUGCGUCACCACGGCAUGGCUGGAGCUCGGAAAAUCGGCGCCAAUUGGGCAAGAGUUCGAACUCAUCGUUCAGAAUGAUAUCGAGUUCCAAUUGACUCUCCAAAUGAAGGUUGAUGAAGAGAAAUUCCGGACCCCGGAAGCUGCACCCGCCUCCCCAUCGCGGCAGAAGGCUUCAACAUUGAGCCGUGUGUUCGCCUCCCCCCGUAAGCGCAAGGAGCUCGACAUGAAGCAGCAGCUUUUGACACAGCAACAAAAGAGCAAAGAUGUCAAUGCCCCUGUUUGGGAUCGACUGAGAACAUUGAUCGCUCGUGAUGGUAGCUUUGGCCGUUCCUAUGUGUCUCUUAGCGACCAUGAGAAAUCAGCCUACGGCCGCCCAUAUACUGUGGAUGUGGCCUGUUUCAACGAAUGGGCUACCGAGGAGCAGCCAAGCAGUGUCAAGAGCAAGAAGAGUACAUCGAGUGGUGUGUCUCAGCGACGCCCUCCAUACAAGAUUGGUAAAUUGGAACUUCAGCUUCUGUUCGUGCCGAAGCCGAAGGGUGCAAAGGAGGAUGAUAUGCCGAAGAGCAUGAACGCCUGCAUUCGUGAAAUGCGUGAAGCAGAGAAUGUCUCUUCUCGUAGCUGGGAUGGCUUCUUGUCUCAGCAAGGUGGUGAUUGCCCUUACUGGCGCCGCCGAUUCUUCAAGUUGCAGGGCUCCAAGUUAACGGCGUUCCAUGAAACCACUCGGCAGCCUCGUGCCACGAUCAACCUGUCCAAAGCAGUGAAGUUGAUCGACGACAAGUCUUCUCUCGUUCAAAAAGAAACAACCACUCGAAAUGGCGGUCGGAGAAAGUCCGCCUUCGCCGAAGAGGAAGAGGGUUACAUGUUCGUAGAAGAAGGAUUCCGUAUCCGAUUCGGUAACGGAGAGGUGAUCGACUUUUAUGCCGACAGCGCUGCAGCCAAGGACGGCUGGAUGAAGGUGUUGGGUGACGCGGUUGGAAAGGGAACGUCUGCCUCUGGAAGUGGCCAGGUCAAGCCAUGGACCGACGUCGUCCUCAAGCGCGAGCGCAGCAUGAAAUCUAGGAGAGAAACGUCGGAUCGUCUUCCCCCCAGCGCUCCUGCUCCCCCGCCUGUGCGAAAAGAUGUUGCUCCCCCGGCGGGACCCCCGGCGCCGGCGCCGGCACCACCACGACCGCGACACAAGCAUACUUUCUCGCAGCCCGAGACUCGAGGCGCAGAAGCGCGGCGACAGAAGACUCGCUCAUUGAUGUUCUGA